AUGCCGAAUUUAUCUCACUUAAUGAUCAUAAUAUCACAAGUUUAUUUCGAUGGACAUACAUGGAAAGAACUUAUUACUAAUUAUUUACCAAAUAUUAUAAUAUUUCAAUUAAAAAUGAAACUUGAACUUCAGGAAAGAAAUGAUGACGUGAAUGAAAUAAUUGAUGAGUUACUUGACUCAUUUAAUUCAAAACAACCAAAACAUAUUGGAGAAUAUUUAUAA